AUGUCAUCCAAGACAAAUGACUUAUUGACAUUUCCAAUCAUCAAUCUUCAGAAUAAAAUCAAAUAUCCAAAUCCAUUUGAUAUCAAUGAAUCAUAUACCAUUAAAUUAUUCAACAAAAAUCGACAAUUAUUAAUUGCAACACGAAAAGUAGUUAUCCUUCAAGGAUCUCAAAUAUCAAAAAUCUUAACAUAUGACGAAGAUAUUGUUACUGCAACAUAUACCCAUUUCAUUCAUAAUACUACAGCUGUACCUAGUGAGGUCCUAGCCGUUUGUCUAAAACGAUCAACCCAUAUUUAUUAUCCUGAUGGAAGAUCAUACAUUGUAAGUUUACCAUUUAUUCUAAAUAAUGCCUUACCAUUUGAAUCAGGAUUAGUUCUAGAAAGAGAUCACAAACAACCCAUAAUAUCAAAUAAUGGAACCUUAUUACAAUCACAAUUGAAUUCAGCACCAAUACUCACAUUAGUGGAUCCAAUUGAUGAUUUCAGGAUCGUGUCCACGAAUUCAACCUUAGUCAUUUCUCAAAAUGAACAAUUGAUGACAUUUCCCAGGAAAGAUGUACAUAAAAAUGCAAGCUUGUGUACUACUUUUAAUUCCCUGGAUGGAAGUAUUAAUGUCUAUCAUGUUAGAACACCUUCCCGAAAUGUGGUUAGGUUUGGGAAUCAGAGUCAGAAGGUCCAGAAACGAAAAUAUGGUUCAAUGGCAAAUGCAACCGUCACAAAUACAAAUACAAAUACAGGAAAUAGUGUUUCAUCAGCGAGGAUAUUAGAAGAUGAAGUGGGAUUUGGGGAUGUUGGAGCUGGUCCUGGAGGACAACAGCAUUCAAUUUCGUUUAGCAAUAUGGAGAAAAAGAGAACAAGUACGUUACUAUCGGAUAUUUCAUCCAUUGGAAGAAUGGCGAGUGAUUUCCCGGAUACUUCGAAAUACAACAUCUCAUCAAAUACACAAGAUUUCUCUGGAUAUAAAAAAGACAUGAUUCUUUCGAAGAUAGAUUCAAUUGGGAAUAAAUUAUCGCGAGAAAAGAUUAGAGUGUUCAAUAUAUAUUUUGAAGAUCAGGAAGGGAUCUUGGUGGUGAAUCGAAAUACAAAAGAAUGUCGAGUAUUUGUGCAUAAACAGUCAAUUAAUCGACUUUUGGUGGCAUACAAGGCAGAGUGUCUAGAUUGUAUUCCAUUGGUUUCUGACACAUUUGAAGGGAUAGUGGUCAUGUUAACUACAGAGAAGAAAUUGAGCUUGGUGAAUCCAUUUCUAGAUAUGGCUUCAGCUAAACAUGAUGGAGAAGAUGUCGAAUCUAUUUUAUGUUCAUGUGAAGAAAAACUUGCUAUUCAGACCAAGAGUGGGAAAACAAAGUUAAUUCAUUUAGUCCUUCAACCAAGUUCAAAUUUAGUUCUUACUUGUUUAAAAUGUUUCCAAUAUUUAUCUGGUUCAAAAAUAAAUCAAACGAUUUGGAUGCUUUGGCGAGCAGCAUAUUCAUUAGAUCAUCAUCGUGAUGAAUGGAAUUCUUUUGUGAUUGCCCUAUUAUCAUUAAUAUAUCCAUUUUAUAAAUGCAGUGUUGAAUGCGGAGUCCAAAAUGAAAUCACUAUGCUUUUGCCGCAAGCCAAAUACCUCCAAGAAUCGUCAAAUAUAAACUAUCUGUUAUCUGAUCUUGUCCCGCACAUUGUCGGUUCAUUACAUCUAUUAAGAGAAGAAUUUCGAUUAGACUCAACCAAGAAAAACUCCCUACAUAAAUUAAACAUCCUCCUAGCUCAAUUAACCACCUGGAUGGGUUGGCCAGACGUAUGGACCCAAUAUUACGGCAUAAACCCAUCCACAAUCGAUCUGACCACCAAAUUCCUACUGGCACUCAUCGCACCCAAUCCACCUAAUCUAUUAGAAUCCUUAACCAGUCUCUUCGACUCCAAAAUCGUAGGAUACGUCACGUUUUCCCAAUUAGUUUCCGAAACUGACUCAGUUGAUGCCUUGAUCACGCCACGAACUCAUCAAAUUUUGAAAUUGUUUGAAGUUUUGGUCUUGUCUGAUAAUCGAUAUUAUGGCCCUAAUACAAUUGUUGAAUUGAUGUGUGAAUUUGGAAUCCGGGAAUGUGAUUUAGAAACUUAUCCACUUGGGAUUUCGGUGCCUUUGAAAGAGGCAUUACUGAUUGCACAAGAAAAUCCAGCAUUUCAAUGGACUGAGAAUGCUUUGGAAUUGGUUGGACGGGAGGAUUUGAUUAUGUUGUUAUCGAACAAUAGGAAGAAUAGGAAUGGUUAUGGGGAUAGAUCCGAGGAAGGUGGUGGAGGUGUAGGAGGUGUAGGUGGUGGUGCUGCAGGGGUGCAUAGUAUUGAAAGUUUGUUAUCUAAUGUGUUUGAAAAGGAUGAAUCGUUUUCUCCAUGGGAUGGACAAUCGGAAGCUGAUAGGAUUGGAAUCACGAAACUUAUAUUUGAUUUUGAUAGACGAUAUUUCGAAAUCACAACAUUAUUACAUCAAACCAAAACUCAAACUGCAAGUUUAGAUGUGGGUGAGAAUAUCACCGAAUAUGAUCUUGUGUUAUUACAACGUGAAUUAGCGGUGAUUGUUGCCUUACGUACUUUGACUAUCCCCUUGGGGAGAGCACCAUUAUUUUAUGCGGGACGGAAACCAUUAUUGACUGAAAAAUUCCCCAUUCCUAAGUUUAAUCUAAAUACAUUAAUUCAGCCCACAAUGACAAAUAUCAUAUUUUCAGAAGAUAGCAUUUCUCAAAAUUUCACCGAAUGGUGUUAUUUCCAUAAUGGAGUCUCAUCAGGAUUAUCAAUAUCUCAACAAGCAAAAGGGAUUUCUGGAAGUUGGAUCAUUUUCAACAAACCACCCGAACUAAAUCCUCAACAUGCUGGAUUUCUUCUCGGAUUAGGAUUAAAUGGUCAUUUAAAAAAAUUGGAAGAAUGGCAUAUUUACAACUAUCUAGGCCCCAAACAUCCUUUGACAAGUGUUGGAUUGUUGAUCGGGAUGGCGGCAAGUAUUCGUGGAAGUAUGGAUAAUAAAUUAACAAAAGUUCUUUCAGUCCAUGCAGUUGCAUUAUUACCCCAAGGUGCCAAUGAUUUAAAUGUUCCCAUAAUGGUUCAGACGGCAGGACUUAUCGGGAUUGGGUUGUUAUAUUUAGAAACUCAACAUCGUAGAAUGAGUGAGAUUUUAUUAUCACAAAUCUCCCCGGCGGGAUUAUAUCAAAAUAAUAAUGAUAUAACCGAACAACAACAACAACAACAUCAGAUUCAUGAGGGAUAUAAAUUAGCUGCUGGGAUUUCACUUGGAUUUGUUAAUUUGGGGAAAGGUGAUGAUUUACGGGGGUUGAAUGAUACUCAUGUUGUAGAUAGAUUGGUGGGGUUGGCGGUUUCGAUGAAGGAUUUUCAACCCCUGCAAGAAUUGGAUAAAUCGGCCAGUGGAGCAAUUGUGGCAUUGGGAUUUAUGUACAUCAAGACUGAGAAUGAGGAUAUUGCUAAUAAAUUGAAGAUACCCGAUACAGAACAAUUAUUGGAUUAUAUUCGACCUGAUAUGUUAUUACUUCGAUGUUUGGCGAAGAAUUUGAUUAUGUGGCAAGAAAUUGGAUGUAGUAAGAAAUGGGUUGAAUCAGAGAUUCCAUUUGCUAUUUUGGAGAAGUUUGGGAAACGUGAUUUAAAUGUACUUGAUAGUGAUCAAUUGGUUUAUUUUAAUUUAUUAGGAGGUGCAUGUAUGUCUAUUGCGGUUAAGUAUGCUUCGAGUCAUGAUUUAAUUGCAAGGGAUACUAUAAUUUAUUAUCUUGAUAAGAUGAUGGGGUUAGCAUGUUUGACUGCCAAUAAUUAUGAUCAAAAGAUUGCUUAUAAUAGUGCUAUUAAUACUCAAAAUUUGUUGGCAUUGUGUUGUUCUGUGGUUAUGGCAGGUAGUGGAGAUUUAGAAGUUUUCAGAAGAUUAAGAAUUUUAUAUAAUGAUACUGGUAAAGGCAAAGGAUAUGGGAAUUAUAUGGCUAUUAAUUCAGCAUUAGGAUUUUUAUUUUUAGGAGGUGGACAAUAUGCAUUUAAUAAUUCUAAUUUUGCAAUCGCAUGUUUGGUUGUAUCAUUAUAUCCAAUUUUCCCUAAUGAUAAGAGUGAUUAUGAAGUUCAUUUACAAGCAUUGAGACAUUUUUGGGCAUUGGCUGUUUCACCAAGAUGUUUAGUUAUACGAGAUGUUAAGACGCAGAAACCAUGUAAAGUCCCAGUUACUAUAACUAUGAAGGAUAAUACCGUUAAAGAAGUAUUAUCACCAUGUUUAUUGCCUAAUAUUGAUGAUAUCUUGACAAUAGAGACUGGAUCUAGUGAUUAUUUUAGAAUCAAGAUUGAUUUUGAAUUAAAUUCUGAAUAUUUGCAACAAUUUAAGAAAUCACUCACAUUAUAUGUUAGUAAGAGGAAGAAUUAUCAAUUAUUGAAUCCCAAUAUUGGUUCAUUAUUACAGAAUGAAAGCAAAGGAUUACAGAUUGAUAAUAAAGAAAUGGAAAUCAAUAGUGAUAUUGGUAAGAUAUUAAAUUGUCAAUUAUUUAAUCAGAUUGAUUCAUUUGAAAGGAAAAUGUUAUAUUAUGAAACUAGUGAUUUAACAAAGGGUUCCAAUCCUUCUGAUGGAGGAUUAUCAAUAUUUAGUAUAAUUGAUAAUAAAUUAGAAUUAAUGAAGAUGGCAAGUGUACCGGAAUCAAGAGAAGAUCUUUGGAACCUUCGAUUAUUAUUUUCUUAUGCCGAUAGAAGGUUAUUACAGAAUGAAUUGAAUUAUGUUUCAAUACAAUUUAUUGAAAAGUUGAAACAAAAAUUAUAUAACUUAGAAUAG